UACAACACAAGCUGGCCAGAAGACAACAACACCGGAUUUAGGAAACUGACCCGGUGAAAAACAUGUGGGCAUCCUACUGAUAAAAAGCCCACUGUCACGCCGCACUUCAGGAUCACACUCGGCCCAGGUGUAAGGUGGCAACACAGUGCAAACAUGUCGCAUGCAAGUGAGCGUUUGCUGCUGCUGGUUUUCAUUAGCACCGUGGAAGGGUUCACGCUGAGAUAUGCGGUCGACUGCUCCUACUCUUGUGACCGGACCACCGCUUGUCCCCAUACUGCGGGCUGCAAGAGGACAGUGCUGGAUGACUGCGGCUGCUGCCAUGUGUGUGCAGCCGGCAGGGGCGAGGUGUGUUACCGCACCGUGGCCGGGAUGGACGGGGUUAAAUGCGGGCCCGGACUAACGUGCGUCUUUAACAGCGAGGAGGACGACUUUGGAGACGAGUAUGGCAUGUGCAAAGAUUGUCCCUUUGGAACCUACGGGUUAGAAUGCAGGAAAGUCUGCAAGUGUCUGUUCGGGAUCUGUAACAGAGUGAACGGCCAAUGCACGAAGUUUCUGUUUUCUCAAAUCCCUGAGGCAAAACCUGGAAUCCGGAGGAAAUCUGCGUCUCCGUCAGGAAACGAGCAAGGAUCGGGCUUCAGCAACGAUGAUUUGAAGUCGACUGUGCUCAGAGAUAAAACGAACAGUUCGAUUGGAGAUAAACGGCAGCCCCCACGCUGAUGUUCGUCUGGAUUUCUGUUCGGCGCGAUUGUGAUUCACCAUUCACCAUUAUGGCGGCAACUUCUUUCGUCGAACAACCAAUAUGUGUCGUAUUUAAGUAUGUCUUUGUGGACAUUCCAAAUGUUUGUAUAGAAGUACUAUUUUUUGUAUAAUUGACAUUCUUGAUUUAUUACAUUUUGUAAAAAAAAGUGCCUUAUCAAAAAUGUUAAAGCCUUCAAAUUCAAUGGUAGCUUUUGGAAAACCCAGGCAAACACUAUGUUCUAACAACAGGAGAGAUAUGGUGGUGAAUGAACUCCAGCUGCUGUUGAGGACACCAUGCUACAUUCCAAUGACAUCUGAAAUAGACCAAGAAUUAUUUUGUAGACAUUUGCCCUAUACUACAAAAACAAAAAUACUUCAUAUUUCCUUCACUUCUACUCUGGUGCCAAAUAGUAAUCUCUUCAGUGAACCUUAAGGAAUCAAUGAAGCCCAGGUCAGACUUGCGUAUUUAAUUAUAAUGUGGUAGAGCUUCUCUAGCAUACCUAAUUCUUAAAAAGAUGGAGGAAUAACUAAGCAUUUGACAGAUCUAUCACUUUGAACUUCUCUUUCCAACUCUUAUAACAUUAUUUCAUGCAAAUUUUCAUGUUCAGUACUGCUUUGAACUUUACUUGCUUAAAAAAUAACAAAAAGGAGUUUACGGAUCAAAUGAUCCUUGAACAUCAUUCAGUGAAGUCACAACUGAUCUGAAUUUGCUAUCAACACUAUCCUUUUUCCAUUUUGAGUUAUUUUUCAUUUAGCAUGGAAACAGGCCACUAGUCUCAGUGACCAUGCUGUCCAUUUAUCAUCCAUUCCCACCAGUUCUAUGUUAUCCUACUUUCUCAUCUGCUCCCGACACACAAGGGGCAAUUUACAGUGGCUGUCUUUGGGAUAUGGGAGGAAACCGGAACACCUGGAGGAAACAUAUGGUCACAGAGAGAAUGUACAACAGACAGCAUCCCAGGUCAGGAGCGAGCCCAGGUCUCUGGCAUUGUUUUAAACCCAUGCCUUUUCCCUCUUUCUAAUAUUUCAAUCAAAUUGAAAUAUAAAUGUUGUUAUAUAUUUCCUAUCCUUCCUCUAACAUUCUUUAUCUUGACCUCACACAAUAUUUCAGUUUUUUUAAUUUCCUAUCCAAUUCAGUUUUACAUAAGAACACAAGUAAUAAGUAACAAGUGCAAGAAAUAACCACAUAUGGACCCUCAACCCCAGUCCUCCAUUCAAUAGGAUUCUGAAAUUGUACGUUUACUUCCCACACACUACUCAUUUUUCUUGAAAAAGUGUGAGGAAUCAAAGCUUCCCAAUCAACCAGCCCCUUUAGCUGUGGCAAUGUCCAUUAUUCCAAACUCUCCCAGCCUAUAGAAACAAUCUUGUAGCAUUGAUCCUUUUCAGAAUUUCAUAUGUUUUCAUUGAGAGGACCCCACAUUUUUUUGAACUUCAGCUGGCAUGGGUUGCAUUUCUUCAAUCUCCUUUUAGUUCUCUCGACCAACCCAUCUGUUUACAAUUAUUGCAUAGAUUCCAAGGCAAAUAUUUUAUUCUAUGAAAAUCAAAACUGCACAUCCUAUUCCAGGUUCCUCGUUUUAAUAAUGAAGCACAGUUGCAAUUAAGCCUGAUAUAAUAUUUACCACAUUAAUUGCUUACUGUAAAAAGAUUUUAUCUUUUUGCACUUCAAGAACACUGAAAGUCAAUGUUUACCAGUUUUUCACCAUCUAACAAUAAUCUAUUCUUCAUUCAAAAGUGUAGCAAAUCACAUCUUCCUAUGCUAUAAUCUUUUAUUCACUGUUAUUUUUUAAAUGCAUGAAACUACAACAUGAAACUGAUGCAAAUAUUUUGGUGUUGCAUGACCUUUAGAACUGAAAGAUGAGUAUCAAUUCAGAUCUAUUCUGUGGAGGUAUGUAAUUUAGAAAUAAACUAUUAAAGUUAUUUAAGGUGUA